AUGAUCGAGACAGUACAGGCUCUGACCGAGGCGGACGCAUGGGCUCUAGCGUUGCACCUCAUUGGCAGCGUGCGCCCCAUCGCAGCGGCUCGCGAACCCCACUCCGCCUGGGACAGCGCCGGCGAUUCGGUUGUGCAUGUGCGGCUCCAGGCGCGGCCUGACGCCAGCAAGCUUGCCGAGCUGCGCGGUUGGUCAGCCUGCACAGAGCACUUGUGGCCCGCCGCCGGGCAGGGCCUAGGUAGCGCGCCGCUGGAUGUCGACCUGUGGUUACGUGUGCAGACAGGUGUGCAGCGGCAGGGCACGCAGUCUGGCCCCCACGGCAGCAGCGAAUGGGGCCUCCUCAACUGCCGCAGCGGCCCAAACCCAGAUGGCUGGGCCUACGCGUCGCGGCGCUUCAGCCUGUGCCCACUCUGCACAGCAGCGGCGCUGAUCUGCUCCUCUGACCCCGCGGCGCGCGCGAUGGUGGAGGCCGCUGCUGUGGGGGACGGGGCGCGCGACGGCGGGCCCACGGCAGCGGCGCGGGCUCGGCCGUCUGAGUGGGGCCGAGGCGCAGUCGGGGGCAGCAGCGGCAGUGGCGAUGGCGACGUUCUGUCUGCCGCCUGCUGGCUGCCGUCCCCUGCCGCGCAGCGCCUAGGAGUCACCCUCCAUCUUAUCCCCACCGAGCGCCGCGGCUGCCCUGGGCGCGGCGGCUGCCUGCCUUCCGCUGCGGACCUCGUCGCCGACGCUGACGCCACUACAGCGGUAGAUGACGGGGGGGAUGGCGAGGGCGCCCCGCCGCGCGCAACGAGCGGCGGCGACAGCGGCGUGUUUGACGGCAGUGGCAGCAGUGACGACUAUGAAAAUGACAGCAGCAGCGGCAGCGGCAGCAGCAGUGUUGGCGCGAGCCAAUCCUCACAACCCUCAUCCGGUAACAGCAGCCAGGAAUAUGACGCAGAUGACUUGGAUCCAAGAGAUUGGUGGGUCCACGCGUUGGGCGAGCCGCGGCCGAGUCAACGCGCGAGCACAGCCGGCAGGCAGCAGCGUGCGCCUGCCGGGCAGCUGGCAGAACGGCACUCGGCGGUCAGGGGCGCCGGCGCGUCGCCGUCCACCCACGGCGCGCGCGACUGGCGGGGCAGCGACGCGGCGGGCGAGGAGGUGCUGUGCAGUUUGGAGGAGCACUGGGCAGAGCUCGUGGCUGAACGGGCUCGCGCGAGAGCCGCGGCCGACCUCCAGGCCGGGCGCCAGCCGCGGCCGCCGCGGCGGUCUGGCUGGGGCGCGCGCCCGCGGUUGCUGCUGGAACUGCAGCGGCGCCCGCUGCGGCCGCGCGGGCCGGCGGGCGGCGGGGGUACGGUUGCCGCGCCGCACGGCUGCUUGCUGUGGGCCGCGCUCGGGCUCACAGCAAAUGUGCAGCAUGGGAAGGCGCGCGCAGGCCUUGCCCGCGCGGCCGCGGAGCUUGCGGCCGGCCGCCCGGUGGCAGCUGCCGCCGAGCUGCUGCACCGCCUGUCAGCAGCGCUGAGCGCCGACCCCGCUGCCAGGCGCCGCACGGGCCGCCGAGCCGGCGGCGCCUGCGGUGGCGGCGGCGGCGGGUGCGAUGCGCCCGACCUCGCCCGCGGCCUGGCGGCGCUGUUGCUGGUGGCGCGCCUGCCGCCGCCGGCGCGGCGGGCGCUCGCGCGGGUCGCGGGCGUGCUGGCCAGGUCGCCGCUGCCGGGGCUCGGGCCGGAGGGCGUUCUGGCGCUGGAGGCGCAGCUGCAGCUUGUGGCGCUGGCUGCGCUACACUCGUGGGACGCUCCGCCCCUUGCGGCCGCCCUGGCGUCAGAGCGACUCAGUCAUCCCGACAGCUUGCAGCCGCUGGCCUCGGCGUCUGGCGGCGGCUUGGGCGGCGAGGCGGCGGCCUACUGGCAAGGCAGGGAGCCGGCGGCCAUGACCAACCUGCGGCUGUCGUUUCUGCGCUUUGAAUUGGCCUUUCAGGAUGACGCGGAGAGCGCGAGCAGCCACGGCGGCGACGGCGGCAGCGGCGGCGAGGGCGGAGGCUCGGAAGGGAUUCGGCAGCUCGUGUCGGCCCUCGGCCGCGCGACCGGCAGUCUGGCCGAGGCGGCGGUCUGCCUUCUCAAGGACGGCGCCCCGGCGUCCGCGCGCGCGGCGGCCGCGCUCCUGCCCGCCGUCGCGGCGGCGGCGGCCGGCGCCGAGAGGGAGGGCGCGCGGGGCUUGCUGCUGGCGCUGCUGCGCGCGGCGCUGCUUGAUCCUGCAGUCCCCGCCGCCGCCAGCCUGCAGCUCGCUCUCGACCUGUGCCCGGCCGCGGCGGGCCCCUGGGCGUGCGCCCCGGGGUGGCCGCCCGCGCUCGCGCACUGCGCCAGCGGCGACGCUGCGGCAGGCACGGCAGAGUUCGAGCUGCCGGCGUGGCUGCUGCCGGCGGGGCGCCGGCUGGCUGCGCAGGGGUUGGUUCCGAUGGCGUAUCACACCUUGCACGCAGCAAUCGACGCGGCACAGAGGGCAGAGCUGCGGGAGGACGCCGCAGGCGGCGACGGCCCUGGCGCGACGGCGCCCCUGGCAGCGCUGGCGGUGGACGCGCUCUUCGCGCCGGCCUGGGAGCGGCUGGGACGCGACGCCGCCGCAUGCGCGGCCGCCGGCGCCGGGCGCGCGGCGCCUUGGGCGCCCACGGCGCAAGAAAGCCGGCGCGCAGCAAUGUCUGACUUGCGCGCCGCGCACGGGCAGCCCCAUUGGACGCUGCUGCAGCUGUGGAGCGGCGCCGCUGUAGAGGCAUCGAAGGUGGCGGCCACAUUGGGCGGCGCGGCGCUGCCGGGCGCCCUGAUCGCGCGCGCGCCGGUGGCGGCGGCGGCCGUCGCGGCGGGGGCGCUGCACGUCAUUCUGCAUGAUGGCUGGCGUGGCUUUGACUCGGAGUCAACCGCUGCUCCUCUAUCUACAGCCCUUGCCCACGCCGCUAUGGCGCGCCUGGCCGCCGCCGGCCACACGCCCACCGCCGCGGGCCUGGCCCGCGCACUGCUGCAGCUCCCCAGCUGCGACGGCCGCUGGGUGGCUCUUCCCCCUGGGGGCGCGUGGUGGCGGUGGGCACCGGCGUGGUGCGGCGCGGAGUGGCUGCUGCACUUGACGGCGCGCGACGAGGCUGAUGUUGCGCUGGUGACGCGGGCGCUGAUGGGCAGCCUACAAGGCAGCUGGGUGCGCCGCACACAGGGCAACGCGCCGCCGCCGCGCCGCGAGCGCGUCGGCGUGGCGGCCGAACGGGGCGGCGCGCAGCAGCGGGAGCGGGCGGCGCCUCCGCUCGGCGGCGAGGGGGCGCAGCCGGCGGCAGUGCUCAGAGCCUCAGCGGCCUCUGCGGCUGUGGCGGCGGCGGCGGCGGCUGCAGAUGCGGGCUGCAGCACCGGCAGCAGGGCAUCUGCCCAUACAGAUCCAGCAGAGCAUGCGAACGCAGCCGGGCCCCUUGCGUCCCUGAUGGCGGAAUUGGUCAAGGGGCACAGCGACAGCCAGGGUGCGCCGCAGGGCCAGCAGCAGCUCGGCGGCCUAGGGGCCGCGCUCGCAGACCUGGCCAGGGCCGUGCGCUGGCGCCGCGCCCGCGAGGGCGACGCCGCCGGCGGCUGCCGCGUCGGGGCGGCGCUCGCGGCGCUGGCUUGCUUUGCCGCCGGCGAGCACGGCCGCCCCACCGAGCCGCAGCUCAGUGCGGCCGUAUCGCGCCUGAUGCAUGCCGUGAGCGCCGACGUGGCGCGCGCGGCGGCGGUGGGCGACGGCGACCCGGAUGCAGACGGCAGGGCGCCUGGCGAGCACAGCCCCCUCGCCUGGCGCGCGGCUGCUGCAGACUUCGAGCUCGGCGGCCGCGCGCCCGCCGCAGCCGGGGAUCUCUACCCGCUGACCGAGCAGGGUUGGGAUCCUUAUGUUGUGCUCUGGAGCCUUUACGCCGACCCAGGCGCCCGGCCGGCCGCCCAUGCGAGGGCGACGCGGCGCCCCGAGCUGAUGCUCCGGCUCUGCCUUGAGUGCCUGGCCGCGGCGCCGAGCGCGGCCGCGCGCCGCCCGCUGCUGCGGGCCCUGGCAUUCGCCGCGGCGCGCGCCGCGCCGAGCAUCGCGCUGCUGCCGCUGGCGGCGGCGUGCGCGCGGGAGGGGCUGGGGCAGGAGGCGCGGGCGGUGGCGCGGCAGGCGCUGCUGCCGCACAGCCUGCGGUCGUGCCUGGCGGCGAGCACGCACGCCUACUACGCGCGUGUGUUUGGCAGCGGCUGGCUGGGCUCGAUGCAAGAGCUCCUAGCCUUUCUGUCAGCGCCGCAGGAGGGCACAGCGGCACGCGAGGACGAAGACGCCCUGCUGGCGGACUGCGUCGCCACGUCCCUGCUGCUGGACUGCCGCGCACCAGCCGACCCCGGGCUGCCGCCGCAGGAGCUCCGCUGGGUGGACACCCUGCCCGGCAGGGCUUGCGCCACCGCUGCCCGCCGCCGCCCGCCGCCGGGCGCCGCGAUUGCGCGGCCCGCGGUGCUGGGGUGGGUGCUGCACGUGCUGCAGCUGCUGUACUCGCGGUGGGCAGCACGCCCUUUUGGACCCCCCGUGUGUGACUCGCUCAUCGGCUUUGCCACGGCGUUUGACGGCGUUGGGCCGGCGGCGGCAGCGCGCGGCAGCGGCGGAGGGGGGCGUCUGGCGUGGGAUGUUUGGCUGCACACGACGCUGGCGGGGUGCGUGCUGCUGCCUCUGGCAGGGCACCUGGCGACGCAAAGCGCUUUCGACGCCGGCCUGUUGGGCUGGCGUGGCCUGGUCGCCCUCGCCGAGCCUGCCCUCGACGCCGAGCUCGCCACGGGCCAGACGGCCUGGGUGGCAGAGAUGGCAGAGUGGACGGCGCGCCGCCUGAACGCGGCCGCCGGCCGCCCAGCGGGCGGCAACGUGCUUGGCACCGGCGGCGUCGUGAGGGGCGCGGGGCUGCGGGGCGCCACGGCGCUCUACGACACACCGCUGCCGGAUGAGGGCGACGGCAGCGGCGACAGUGGCAGUGGCGAUGGUGGGAAGCGCCGGCUCUGA